AUGGCUACGACCACCAUCACUGUUGAUGCUGUCUUGUUCGACAUGGACGGCACUCUAAUCGACUCCACUCCGGGCGUCUUGAAGGCCUGGGAAACCUUCAGCAUCGAUUAUAACCUCGGCGAUUCCAUUGCGAUAGCGCAUGCAACACACGGGCGUCGUCUUUAUGAUACAUUGAAGGAGUACUGUGGAAUCAUUGAUGAAAACCGUCUGUUGGAAGAAGUCGAUCGUUUCGAAGACGAAGUCAUCAAAGGAGGCCCGACAGCUCUACCAGGUGCCGUUGACCUGUUGGCGAAGUUAUCAUCACACCCAACGAGUAGUCCCAAAUGGACAAUCGUGACGUCUGCUUCAAACAAAUACGCGCCGAGGGCUUUAGAGCGCUCCGGGGUAACCCUUCCUUCCUGUCAAGUGAUUACAUCCAACGACGUUGCGCACGGAAAACCGCAUCCCGCCCCGUACUUGGCGGGUGCCACGGCGUGUUUAGCUGAUCCCACAAGUUGCUUAGUUAUCGAGGAUGCAAUCUCAGGCUUGAAAUCAGGUUGUGCAGCUGGGUCUCGCACGCUAGCUGUAUGUACGUCCACGAAGCGGACGACUCUGCUGGAAGGCGCAAAACCAGAUUUUAUCGUCGACGAUCUUACGAAGGUCACUGUGGAUGUAGUCGAUGAUAAGAUCCAAGUGACCAUCCACCACUCUUGA